AAACAUGUAUACAGAGAUUUAUCAUAGUUAUAGGACAGGUAUUUCGGUAUUUACUACAGCGACGACUGUGAAUGUAGCGAAUAAUAAAUUCUGUAUUUUUUAUAUACGUUAUGGUAUUCAAUUUAAAUGGAUGCUAGCACAGUUCUUUCUGCAACUGGGACUUGUAUACAUAUAUUGUCAGCCGUCGCAGCGUUUUCUUGCAUAACAAUGGCAAUAUCGGUCGCUCCGGAUGGAACAAUCACGCCGUAUAACUCCUCCGCAGAUCAACAUGAACAUUCUGAUGCUUCCUCUGGGCUAGGGUUAAAUAUUGGACUCGGCGUUGGCUUUGGACUCUUGACAAUCGCAAUCUUUGUUGGCGCCGGUUCGUUCUACUAUCGAAGAAAAUAUGUCGCUCAACGAAACAAUGAAGACUUCAACCCGGCCUCCAUUCACUUGGAUGAAUUUUAUGGAUCGCUGAACACGACGGAGUUUGCGAAUUCGCAUACGACACUAUCUUAGACCAUGUAUAAGUGUCGGGUUUAUGAAUGUUGGCGUAAACUAAUGGCCUUAGGAAGUGUGGUUUCCGAAAUCGAAAUCGUGUUGCAUUAUUUAAACUCCCAGUCUAAGAAUCACUAACAAUCAAUGGCAUUGGCUCGUUCAGAAGAAGUUAACAUCGAGAUUAUUAUGGUUAUAAUAAAGUUUAUUACGAGUAAUUUACAAUUGAACCUAUCAAGUAUACUAAAAGAAACAACUUCGACAAUAUAUGUAUUUCACAUUUACCUUUCUAGCUAAGAGUCUUUCUACGUUGUUAAUUAUGUUAUUUAUGAUAUCGUACCACGCGUUCUUGGUGACAGUGGAGCUUACAUCAUGAAAUGACAAUUUAAAAUUUUUGGCAGGCAAAUAAAGUACGCCUGAAUGUGUACACGGGUCCCUGUUUGGUUUUGUAUCACCAUUAUAUACGUGGAGUUAAA